AUUCCAUAUCCUGAUCCCGGAGGCGUCGUCUCCAGACAAUAAUAAUUCUACCUCUAGUAACUAAAUAGUUGGUAUAUUAUUUAUUAUAACUAGAGCGCUGGUCGCACCUUCCACCGGUGGUUUCUUUUUGAGGUGGCUCGUGUCAACUUCUUUGUUCGCCUGAAAUCUCGUCGUUGGGGGAUUCUAAUUAGCUUCGACAAAGUUGCAACUCUCAUGCCCUUUUAUCCUUCCCUCAUAGAUUGUUCUCCUAUUAGAAUCUCAUAGAUUGGGAUUGCCAUCCAUAAUCCCAAUUCUGCUCCAGACUGCCUAUAAUGGCGCACCUACUAAGCCUUCCAGACAUUCCAAUACAAGUCGCAGUCCCAGCGGCUGUCGCGUCUCUCGCCUAUUUGGACGCCAAGCUCGCUUUUGCGUACGACUGGAGUCUCGUGAGCGCCCUGGUCAAAUUGACAAUUCGCCGCCGCUUGGCGGAGUGUCGCGAUCGGUUGAACUUGUUCUUCGUGCUCGAAAAGCACGCCCAGUCCGCAAAGACGGCCGAUCAUCCGUUCAUCGUGUACAACGGCCAGACAUGGACUUUCAAGGAGACGUACGAGAUAGCCUUGCGCUACGGGACAUAUUUCAGGAACACGCAUCGAGUCCAGCCGAGGGAGAUCGUGGCGAUGGACUUUAUGAAUUCGUCCACCUUUCUCUUCAUCUGGAUGGGACUGUGGAGCAUUGGAGCUGUCCCCGCCUUCAUCAAUUACAAUCUGAGAGGGAAACCUCUUACACACUCCGUGAAGGCGUCGACCGCACGUCUGCUGCUCGUCGAGGAUGAACUUCGCGAUUCCUUUUCCCCCGAGCAACUGGGGGAAUUCGCAUCCCCCUCGUUCAGGGAUGGAGAAGGAGGCGUCGAAGUGGUCUUCUAUACGCCAGAAGUAGAAUCUCAGAUUCUCCAGACUCCACCCGUGCGGGAGGACGACAGUCUGCGAACUGGUGUGGCCGCUCGGGACAUCGCUACGCUGGUCUACACCAGCGGAACUACUGGGCUCCCCAAACCAGCGAUUGUCAGCUGGCAGAAAAGCUGGGCUGGCAGCAUUUUCGUUAGCAACUGGUUGGAUCUAAAGAAAACGGAUCGAUUCUAUACGUGUAUGCCACUAUACCACUCGUCAGCUUCUCUACUGGGGUUCACCACCUGCUUGAAUUCUGGGACAACAAUUAUCAUCGGCCGUCGAUUCUCUGCGAGGAACUUCUGGAAGGAAGUUCGCGAUAACAAUGCCACCAUCAUCCAAUACGUUGGAGAGACGCUGCGCUAUCUGCUCGCCGUGCCACCAGAAAUUGACCCCAGGACUGGCGAGAACCUCGACAGGAAAAAUAACGUCCGCUUAGCUUUCGGGAACGGCCUACGUCCCGACAUAUGGAACAAGGUCAAGGAGCGUUUUGGCAUCGAGACCAUCGGCGAGUUUUACGCAGCCACCGAAGGCACGUCUGGAUCGUGGAAUCUGUCUUCCAACGAUUUUGCGGCAGGUGCCGUCGGAAGGAACGGCACCAUUGCUCAAUGGGUUCUCGGACGUGGUAUUGCUUUCGUGGAAGUUGAUCAUGAAGCGGAAGCGCCCUGGCGUGAUCCCAAGACCGGAUUCUGCAAGAGAGUGCCGAAAGGUGAGCCCGGAGAGUUAAUCUAUGCGCUGGAUGCGCAAGACCCGUCGCAGACAUUCCAGGGGUAUUACAAGAACGCCAAAGCCACCGAGAGCAAGAUCUUGCGCGACGUGUUCACUAAAGGUGACGCAUGGUACCGUACUGGAGAUACAAUUCGCUGGGACAACGAAGGCCGAUGGUACUUUUCAGACCGGAUCGGUGAUACUUUCCGUUGGAAGAGCGAGAAUGUGUCCACUAGCGAAGUUGCUGAAGUCCUUGGUGGGCAUCCCGAUGUACAGGAAGCGAAUGUCUACGGUGUGGCAUUGCCUCACCAUGAUGGACGGGCUGGCUGCGCAGCUCUGGUCCUGAAAAACGGAGUUGAGACUUCUACUGGUGCCCCCGAGCCUUCACAGGAAUCUCUCAGUUCACUGGCGUCCUACGUACUGAAGAAUCUUCCCAAAUAUGCAGUCCCUCUCUUCCUGCGCAUCACCAGUGACAUGCAAGCUACUGGGAACAACAAGCAGCAAAAGCAUACUCUCCGGAUAGAAGGCGUCAACCCGGGGCUCGUCUCUCCCAAGGACCGGCUCUAUUGGCUGCAGGGUGACAGAUAUGUGCCAUUUGAAAGGAAAGACUGGGACAGGCUCGAUGCAGGACAAGUGAAGCUCUGAGCUGAAGGCGCCUAUCCGCUUUAUGAUGCAUGCGUUCCUACCUAAUUAUCGUUACGUUUUUCGGCGUUUGCGACUGACCGAGAUACCCAUCAAAUGGCCCAAUUCCCCCUAUGAGAGCUUCUACCUUUCGUCUAGUGUGACGCAGGGUAUGCAUGUACGUAUGUUAUUGAUAUGUAAAUAUGAACCUUGUCUAUCAUUAUUGUCUGUCCAGCUUUCGAUAUCGGUUUAGAAAAAUGUAGAGAACAAACCACAGGCCAAGCCUUCUCUUCUCGGUAGUUAUCCGAGCUGUCGAAACGUGACUUAAACGCUUUGGAUACUAAGGAAAUACCUAGGUAGUUAGAACUGAUAUGACGAUUAACGCCAGCCGUGACACCCG